AUGCAGCGAAGUCGGCAGCUGUUGCUCCGCUUGCGGCUGCAGGCGCAGGCCGAGGGACUCGUAGACGGCGCCUGGUCACAGCAGCAGCAGCGGCUGGUGAUCCUGGGCACGGGGUGGGGCGGGGCGCGGGUGGCACGGGACAUCGACACCUCCAAGUAUGACAUCACCAUCAUCUCCCCUCGAAACCACAUGGUGUUCACUCCCCUGCUGGCCUCCACCUGCGUCGGCACCAUCGAGUCCCGGUCCGUGACCGUGCCCAUCGUGGACAUCCAGCCCAAGCUGCAGCAGCCGCAAAACUUCUACUACGCCGCCAGCUGCAAGGGCAUCCACCCAGAGGACCGACUGGUCGAGUGCUGCUCAGGCAAGCUGCCCGCUGCACAAGCGCUGCCCCUUGCCGGCACGCUGGCACCGAACCAGACGCGCGGGCAUACCCGCCAGGCCCACGCGUGGAUGAACGAGGACGGGCUGCGGUUCUUUGUUGAGUACGACAAGCUGGCCAUCAGCACGGGCAGCCAGGGCAGCACGUUUGGGAUACCGGGGGUGGAGCAGUACACCCAUUUCCUGAGGGACGCCUCCCACUCCACCGCCAUCCGCAGCACACUGGUAGACAAUUGGAACAAGGCCAACAUACCCGGCCGCAGCCCGCUGGAUCGAGACCGCUUGCUGCAUGUCGUGGUGGUGGGCGGCGGGCCCACGGGGGUUGAGUUUGCUGGAGAGCUGGCGGACUUCAUCAACCGAGACCUGCGCAAGAUAGACCCCAGCCGGGCGCGGGACAUGAGGAUCACGCUCAUUGAAGCCAACGAGCUGCUGGGCUCCUUUGACGCCCGCCUGCGCGAGUACACCGCGCGCAAGCUGGUCAAGGAGGGGGUGCAGCUGGUGAAGGGGGUGGUGAAGGAGGUGACGGAGGGGGAGCUGGAGCUGCAGGACGGCAGCAGGAUCCCCUUUGGCCUGUGCGUGUGGUCCACAGGCGUGGGCCCCACACCAUUCACCGUCAGCCUGCCGUUUGCCAAGACGCCCCGCGGGCGGCUGGCGAUCGACGACAAGCUUCGGGUGUUGAUGGCGCCCAGGCUGCAGCCCGACGGCCACGUGCAGGCAGACGCAGACAGGGGGCCGGGGCCGCAGCAAGUCAGCGAGGUGCACAUGCGGCAGGACGAGGAGGACGCCAGCCUGCACAAGGAUUGGAAGCCCGUGGGCAAUGUGUAUGCGCUGGGGGACUGUUGCGCCAACCCAGACACCCCGCUGCCUGCCCUGGCACAGGUGGCCGAGCAGCAGGGCAAGUACCUUGCGCGGUGCCUGAAUGAGGAGGCGGGGAAGCUGGAGGCGCCGCAGCUGCCGCCGUUUGUGUACAAGCACCUGGGCAGCAUGGCCAGUAUCGGCGGCGCGUCGGCGGUGAUCGAGCUGGGGGAGGCCAAGCAGCGCAAGCUGAGCUGGGCGGGGUUCAGCAGCUGGGUGGCCUGGCGCAGUGCUUACCUCACGCGGCUGGGCACCAUGAAGCACCGCAUGUAUGUGGCAGGGGACUGGGCCCUCACCCUGCUCUUCGGCCGAGACAUCAGCCGGUGGUGA